AAGUUCCAUACACGGUGUAUUUGUGUUAUAUCCAAAGUAGUGGAUUAGUAAAAGAGUUUUUGACUAUAUAUCAUAAAAGUUCUACAUAUCCUCUUGAAAUGGCUGAAGAUCUUCAAAAUUAUAAAUUGCAGUUGCAGCAGGUUGAGGCAGGACUGCUAACUGAUCCUGCAAAUCCCGAAUUGUUAAAAUUAAAGGAAGGGCUUGUGGAAGUAAUUGAAUUAACUAAUGAUCUUAUUAAAACUCAAUUUGAAGAACAGAAAAAAUCUUCAUAUGUUGAACCCGUAUCCGGAGUUAACAUAUCCGAAUAUUACGAUGAAAUUGAAGCUGCUCUGAUAGAGGCAGAAAAAUUGGUAACAGCACCACAAAACUGGAAAGUGGGAGAUAAAUGCCAAGCGAGAUGGAUAGAGGAUGGUAAAUACUACGAUGCAAUUAUAGAAGACAUUAGUAGCGAAGGCGAAGUCAAUGUAGUGUUUGAUACUUAUCAAAAUAGGGCAACUACUACAAUAAGGGAAUUACGGGAUUGUACAACCCGAAAUGAAGUUUUUCCUUCGGCGAGACGGCAUCAUCCUAACCAAAAGGAAUAUUUGAAAAAACGAAAACAAAAAAAAUUGCAAAGGUUCAAGGAAUUAGAGGAAGAGCGAGAAUAUGACAAAAAGAAAUGGCUUAAUUUCACAAGUAAGAAUCUGAAGAAGCCAGGAAUGAAAGUCAAGAGUAUAUUUGCGUCUCCUGAUACUGUCACAGGGCGCGUCGGCAUUGGAACUUGUGGUGUUUCGGGAAAAGGAAUGACCGACUAUACGGUUGGGGAGAAAUAUCGUAAAGGUUUCUAAGUUUAAUUUGUUGAGAUGAUGAUCAUGCAAAUAAAAAUAAAUAAGUUUUGAUCAUGUUUUUAGUAA